AUGUUUCCUGGGCCGGUUAACGAGUUGAAGUGGGACCCGAGUCUGCGCAAGGGAGAUAACGCUUACUGCUAUGAAAUAUCAAAGUUAAUAGAGGAGAAAUGGAACUGGGAUGACGACACAAAAUCACGUGCUCAAGGCAUCUUGGCAAAUUUCGGUAAUUUCGAGAUUAUCGUGUCUCUAGUCGUCCUGCGAAACGUCCUGCACCCGCUCCAUGAAAUCACCAUAAGAUUGCAAAAGAGAGACAUUGACAUCAGGUCUGCCUAUACAUCACUGACAGACGUCAAAAACAAUAUUGCAGCACUCAGAACUCACAUUGAUGCCAGGUUCCGCCUUUGGUACCAAGAUGUCCUGGAUCUAGCCAAGGAACUUGAUACGGACGAGCGUGUGCCCCGUGCGAAAAGUAGGAAUUAUUACCGUGCCACGCACCCGGCAGAAUCCCCAAUCGAUUACUUCAAGCGGUCUAUUGCAAUUCCUUUCACUGAUGAUGUCAACUCACAGAUGCAAGAACGCUUUUCCCCUUCCGCAAGCAUAAUGUCGGCAUUGUUCAACCUCAUCCCGGCAAUAAUCGUAAAGAUGGAUGUAUCAGAACUUCCAAAGCUUGUAGAAGAUCUAGGGACAUACAGAGAUGAUUUGCCCCGGUUUAAAAGCCUCCGCACAGAAUUAGAAGUAUGGCAGGCCAAAUGCAUGAAUAUGCAAGCUCCACCCGAUUCGCUAUUACAAGCGCUAAACUUAUGUAGCAAAGACCUCUUCCCGAACUUGGUCGUACUCUUACAGAUUGCAUGCAUCAUUCCAGUGACAAGCUGUGAAGCAGAGAGGUCAUUUUCUGCAGUGAGGAGACACAAAACUUCACUUCGAUCAACAUUGAGCGAGGAGCGUCUCACUUCACUAGUGCUCAUGAACAUGUACUAUGACACUCCGAUUGAGACUGACAAAGUGGUCCGAAUGUUCAUACAGAAACAUCCGCGGCGUUUGUUUGCUCCUAUAUAUGAAACAUAA